CACAUUUCUUGAGGUAUGAUUGGCCAGAAAGAAGCACGCUAGAAGAGCGCACGAUAAAUUCGAUAUUUGCUCAGCUAUGUAGCUAGCUACUGUAGUUUGAUUGUUUAUUGAACUACAGUUUAAGUGGCCCUGGUAAAGUCUCGCAAGUUACAGAAAAUGACCACUUUAGUUCUUGAUAACGGAGCUUAUUCGGCCAAAAUUGGAUACAGCCACGAAAAAGUCAGCGUCAUCCCAAAUUGUCAGUUUCGCUCCAAGACAUCAAGGCUGAAGACUUUUACCGCCAACCAACUGGAUGAAAUCAAGGAUCCCUCAGGACUGUUCUACAUUCUCCCUUUCCAAAAGGGUUACCUUGUUAAUUGGGAUGUCCAAAGAAAAGUGUGGGAUCACCUCUUUGGAAAGGAAAUGUUUAAGGUGGACUUUGCAGACACCAGUGUAGUGAUCACAGAGCCCUACUUCAACUUCACCUCCAUUCAGGAGUCCAUGAAUGAGAUCCUGUUUGAGGAAUACCAAUUCCAAGCAGCUCUCAGAAUUAAUGCUGGAUCCCUGAGCGCCCACCGCUACUUCCAGAUGAACAACCAGGAGCUGUGCUGCAUCGUGGUGGACAGUGGCUUCUCCUUCACCCACAUAGUCCCCUACUGCAGGGGGAAGAAAAUGAAAGAUGGGAUAUGCAGGAUCAACGUAGGAGGCAAGCUACUGACCAAUCAUUUGAAGGAGAUUAUUUCAUAUAGGCAGUUGCAUGUCAUGGAUGAGACCCAUGUGAUCAAUCAGGUGAAAGAGGAUGUGUGCUAUGUAUCCCAGGAUUUCUACAAGGACAUGGAUAUAGCACAGUUAAAAGGAGAGGACAACACAGUGAUGAGAGAUUAUGUGCUACCAGAUUUCAGCUCCAUCAAGAAGGGCUUUUGCAAGCCAAGAGAGGAGAUGAACUUCACAGGGAAAUACAAGACUGGAGAGCAGAUCCUGCGCUUGGCCAAUGAGAGGUUUGCCGUCCCAGAGAUGCUCUUUCACCCCUCAGACAUCGGCAUCCAUGAGAUCGGCAUCCCUGAAGCGCUAGUCAACUCCAUCAACAACAUGCCAGAGGAGAUGCAGCCCCACUUCUACAAGAACAUUGUCCUCACUGGGGGUAACACAUUGUUCCCAGGGUUCAGAGAUCGGGUGUACAAAGAGGUCCGCUCCCUCACACCCACCGACUUCCAGGUUUCUGUGCUGCAGCCACCCAAUCCAAUCUCCUACCCAUGGGAAGGAGGCAAGCUCCUGGCAGAAAACCCAGACUUUGAUGAGAUGGUGGUCACUCGCGAAGACUAUGAGGAGAAUGGACAUUUCAUUUGUGAAGAAAAGUUUGAUAUCUAAAGGACUUUAGUUGUAAUCAUAUGUCUCACAAAGGUCAUUGGACAGAGGAUGGCUGAAGCAACUACAGCAGAUCCAACAAUUACAUUUAAAAAAAACUGAAAAUGUAAUUGGAAUUCAGAUUUCUAGUACUGUUAUUGGGAUGCAGACUUUACAUUCUUACGUCUUCGGCUAUCAUUAUAAAUGUGUGAACAUUGAAUCACAGGUAGUGCCCAUCAAAGGAGUGUAGAACUUACCAAUUCAAAUUUACCACUGGGUUUGCUGGCAAACCAUAAAACAAAAAUUCUAACUCAAUACAGUAACAAACCACCCCUAAAGCCCCUCACUCAUCAUUAAAUUGAUCCAGUGAGUUUAUUUGCUAAAUAAACACAUUCCUCAAGAGUC